AAACGAAGAAGAGGACUUGUUGUGGUCCUCCUCCUAGCUAAGCAGUAGUUAGCUGCUCUUCGUUUAUUUGUGUUUCUCACACUCGUUGUUUUUUUGUGACAGCGAAAGGAAAUGAAGAAGUUUUUCGAGGACAUUAAGAAAGAUGUUAAAUUUAAGUCUGCGGGACCCGGGAAGAAACUAACGGAUGACACAAGUGAGAAGCAGAAGGCCGUGCAGAGCAGCUCGAGUGCCAAGAAUAACCGUCAUGCUCCCAGUGAUGGAGCCAAGAUGGCGGGAGCUGCAGCCCUGGCCAGGAUCGAACAGCAUCAGAGGCCGAAGGUCCACACCUCUCAGGACGCCAUCAGGAACCAGGUAAAACGAGAGCUGGAGGCGGAGGCAGCUGCACUGGCUGAAAAAGAAAACGCGGCUGCAGCAGAGGGGUCCAAAGUGCCGGUGAAGGAUCCCACCUGCCUGUCGGUGUCAGGUGUGUAUUUCACCUGCCCACUAACUGGAGCCACUCUGACUAAGAGUGAGAGGGAGGUUCACAUUAAAGAGGCCAUCUUAAUGCGGUUUGAAGAGGAUGAAGUUGAGGCCUCUGUUAUGAUGAUCCACACGUUCAACAAAGACCGGGAGAAAGUCAAGGCCGCCGUGGACAUCAUAAGCAAGUAUGUUGAUAACAUCUGUAAGAAUCCCACAGAGGAGAAAUACAGGAAGAUCAAACUCAGCAACAAGGUGUUCCAGGAAAAGGUUAACUGUGUGGAGGGCAGCAGAGAGUUCCUGCAGGCCUUGGAGUUCACAAGCCUCAUGCUUCCUGUAGAGGGUCAAGAAGAGGAUGAGGAGUUUCUGGUGUUACUGGAGCAGAGUCCAGAUGCCCUGGAGUUGAUGAAGGAGAGGAGGGAUCGUCUCCUGAGAGGAGAGCCAGUCAGAGCUCAGCUGGACAGACAGCCGCAAGCAUUCAAACCGUCUCCCAACGCCCAGCGCUUCGAGCUGCCUCCAGAAUUCUACAACCUGACGGCGGACGAGCUGAAGAAGGAGCAGCAGCAGAGGAGCGACUUGGUGGAGAAGAACGCCAUGCUGCGGACAAAGGCCAUGAGGGAGAAAGAGGAGCAGAGGGAGAGAAGGAAAUACAACUACACGCUGCUCAGGAUCCGACUGCCUGAUGGAAACCUGCUGCAAGGGACCUUCUAUGCGUGGGACCGGCUGUCCGUGCUGUUUGCGUUCGUACGGGAGUCCCUGGUGGACGGCUGGCAGCCCUUUGAGCUCAUCGCUCCUGGAAGUCAGAAACUCCAGGAGUCAGAAGAAGUGGCUCUGGCAGAGUGUAACUUGGUCCCUGCAGCUCUGCUCACAUUCUCCUGGGAUGCAGCUGUGCAGGCGGACAUCGCCGCUGCGGGUGGAAAGGGUGCCGCUCUCCUCAAACCAGAGCUGCUGAAAACCAUUCGGACCCUCAGCUGAGCAGGAUCUGAACAUCCCCUGCUGCCCCUCCCCCUCCCCCAGCACGUCUGGGAUGGAACUGCCCCCUCGCAGACGACUAGUGAUCAGCUUAUUUUUUACAAAUAUUAAAGUCAGUAGCAGUGCACGCUAACGUGCUUGUUUUACUGAGCAUACCCUUCUUCCUCGAUGAUGAGGAGAACGUCACACUAAAGACCGCCUCAGUAGAACACGGUGUUGAAGGAAGCUCGACGACCCGGUAGAGGGAAGGAGGAAGUGAAGGACGGGUGUUGUAGUGAGUGAAUGUACAUACUGUGCUGUCAAACCCGACAGUGCAGCAGUCAGGUAGAUCUCACAUGUUGAGAGGCUGUGAUUUAACCGUGUCAACACUACGCCCCCUCCUUUGAAGUCUGCUGGAUUAACAGUGAUCCUCUCUGGCUGUACAGGCAUGUAGAAGGAAAUCCAGUUCCAGUGUGGUGAGAUCCUGUCGUUGGCUUGAAUGCUGCUUUAGUGUAAGACGCUGCUGGAUGUCUGCAGAGUAUCGCUCUUUGUUUGGUUUAAGUGAAAAGUGAUGUCUGUAAACUCAUGGUUAUGAUCGUCCUCUUCUGUUUGAGUGAAUGUGACCCUCCUGUGUUUACAGCAAAAGGGGCGGCCAUGUUUUUAACAAUGUGACGGAGGCUAGUACAGAAUGAUGCUUGUGUAUUUGACCUCUCAUAGUUGUUAAUCGGUUUAAUUGUUGAGGCUCGCAGCAGCAGCUUCAUGUAUCCAGCUAAGUCUAGCAUGCAGGCGGGCGGGGACUUCCUUUCUGUUGUGAAAACUGGUGCCCUGACCUCAGUAUGUGUACCCACUGCGGUUACCUGGAGGUGAAGUAUUUAUUUUCUUUCUGACAUACAGCCCCACUGAACUCAAGGAUGUUCAAUGUGUAAGCAUCAUCUUUCCCCUCAAACAUGUUUCUGUUUCUUCAGUUCAUAAGUUUGCAGGUAAAUCUGUAACGCCACGUGUCUCCUGUGAUUGGUCAUUGAAGAUUUCAACACGCCUACCUCCCCUCGCUCGUCCGUCUCAAACAUCACAUGUCCGUUUUGCACAACCAUGCACAUGCACCAACAGAUCCUAUCCUUGUACAGUCACACAGUUUAGCUGCUGGGAGAGGACCCCGUGUGAGCACUCCUCCAGGUAUUCAAUGGAACGGUGUUGUUGUUUAAAGGCAUAGCAACCUUAACUCCUGAUGUACUGAGUUGUAUUCUCUGACUUUUAACCUGCCUGUAAUAAACACUGCUUGCAUAUUUUGUUUAAUAAACAGUUACGAGAAGAGUC